AUGUGGCUCGAAUUGGAACGUCGACUAGGAGGAAGAAACAACUACAAUAUCUGGGCUGUACGGCAACAACUUGGGAGUGAAUCCUUCAAAGAAAACGAUACCAUUCAAACUUGGUCCGCUCGUCUCGAUACCUACAAUCAACGCCUGAUCGGAACCGGAUCUGAGCUCUCCGAACUAGAGAGAAUCGCCAAAUUGCUCAGUACACUUCCCAAACGCUUCGAAAUCACAGUCUCUCACAUUCAACGAAUCCCCAACCUCGACUACCAGACUGCUUUACAGCAACUACUCGACUUUGAAAAUCAACUACCGGAAGAGGCAGUCGAUAUAGACCAUCUGAACCAUACCGUCGAGAACAUAGAGUCGAAAAUCCUCGGCCGACAGUAUACUGCUACCACUGUGGACGAAGAGGUCACACUAAGUCAAAGUGCUGGGAACUUCAACGUCGUGAAGAGGAAGACAAGCAAAACCAAGCACGACUAUCUCGAAUACCUCGCGGCACAAAUUACACGGCAGAGGAUGCUGCGACCUCAUCUACAAAUCCAACUCAACAACCAUCCCGAUCCGAUGCGAACUAUAUGGAAGACGGGUUUGCUCACAUGGCAAGCCAUGAUGCAUCAUCCACAAACGAAUGGAUACUCGAUUCUGGAGCAAGCCAUACAAUGA